GUCGGAGCUCAGGGGGACUGCAGGACAUGGCUCCAAACAUGGUUUCACGAAGGAUAGGCGUGGUGGGCUACGGCUGCCUCGGACAGUCCCUGGUCUCUAACCUGCUGACUCAGGGCCCCGAGCUGGGCCUAGAACUCGUUUUUGUGUGGAAUCGGGACCCAGGACGCAUGGCGGGGCACGUGCCACCGGCGCUCGAACUCCCAAGCCUGGCUGCCCUUGAGGAAAGACAUCCUGACCUCGUGGUGGAAGUGGCCCACCCCAAAAUAAUCCAGGACUGGGGGCCCCAGAUCCUGCGCCAUGCCAAUCUCCUGGUGGGCUCGCCCUCGGCCCUGGCCGACCAGGCCACGGAGCAGCAGCUCCUGGAGGCCUCCCGGCGCUGGGAGCAUGCCGUGUUCGUGGCCCGGGGGGCCUUGUGGGGAUGCGAGGACAUCAUGCGCCUGGACGCAGGUGGAGGCCUCCAGAGCCUGCGCGUCACCAUGGCCACACACCCGGACGCCUUCCGGCUUGAGGGGCCGCUGGCCGCCGCCCAGGCCGCCGGGCCUCGCACAGUGCUCUACGAAGGCCCGGUCCGGGGCCUGUGCCCCUUCGCCCCUCGCAACUCCAACACCAUGGCGGCCGCGGCUCUGGCCGCCCCGAGCCUGGGCUUCGACGGCGUGACCGGCGUGCUGGUGGCCGACCUCAGCCUCGACGACAGGCACGUGGUGGACGUGGAGCUGCGCGGGCCCCCGGGCCCCACAGGCCGCCGCUUCGCCGUGCACACGCGCAGGGAGAACCCCGCCGAGCCGGGCGCCGUCACGGGCUCCGCCACCAUCGCCGCCUUCUGGCGCAGCCUCCGGGGAUGCAGCCAGCUGCCCUCCCGGCCCGGAAUCCAUCUCUGCUGAGACGCCCCGGCCUCGCUGUCCCGGGGUCCCCGGCCCCGCCC